GUGCGAGGGGUGCGCGCACACCGCACAGACAGGGCUCGUGCACGCGCCCCGAGAACAUAACCGAGACAGAGCCUGUCUUUGUUUCGCUUGGAAUCGCCACCACGCUGAAAGUCAGUCGGCAGGCAGAGGCUGUAAACCUGGCACUGAAUGAAUAAGCGCAGGGCCCGUUUUGGAUGAAGUGGUAGCUCCCCAAGGCGCCUGUGCCGAACCUGCAGUUGUGUGCGAAGGAGGGUGGGGGGCGGGAGGAUAAGAGAGAGAGAGAGCUGCUAGAGGGAGCGCGCCCAGCGGGCAAGCGGCGACGUGCGAGCUCGAGUCCGAGCCCGAGCACACGCGCCCCCUACACUGGGCCGGUCGGCCGCGUGCCUCCCGGGGUGGGGCGGAGUCUCGCUCUCGAUGCGAGAGUGAGUCUGUGAGUGAGAUAGAGAGAGACCGGGCGGUUUCCUGUGUUUGUGUGGCUCAGGGAAGGGGGAGAGCUGGGAGCUCGAGUUACUGCCACUUGAUCAUGGUAUAAAGAAGAGGAGGAAGCAACUUCCCAAAGCUCGUAUGCAAUCCUAAAUGCACGAAUCUCACCCGACAAGGACAGUAAAGAAGAAAAUAUAAGACAAAUUUAACGAAAAUGGCGAACGACUCUCCUGCUAAAAGUCUGGUGGAGAUAGAUCUCUCCUCUUUGCGGGAUCCAGCGGGCAUAUUUGAAUUGGUUGAAGUGGUCGGAAACGGUACAUAUGGGCAAGUGUACAAGGGUCGUCAUGUCAAAACAGGACAACUAGCAGCUAUUAAAGUCAUGGAUGUUACAGAGGAUGAAGAAGAAGAAAUUAAAUUGGAGAUCAACAUGUUGAAAAAAUAUUCUCACCACAGAAAUAUAGCAACCUACUAUGGUGCUUUUAUAAAGAAAAGUCCUCCUGGACAUGAUGAUCAACUCUGGCUUGUCAUGGAGUUCUGUGGUGCAGGAUCCAUUACAGACUUGGUGAAAAACACAAAAGGAAAUUCGCUGAAGGAAGACUGGAUUGCAUACAUCUGCAGGGAGAUACUUCGGGGACUGUCACAUCUUCACAUCCACCAUGUCAUUCAUCGUGAUAUCAAAGGGCAGAACGUACUGCUGACAGAAAAUGCUGAAGUGAAGUUAGUGGAUUUUGGUGUUAGUGCACAAUUAGACAGGACUGUUGGCAGAAGAAAUACCUUUAUUGGGACACCCUAUUGGAUGGCACCGGAGGUCAUUGCUUGUGAUGAGAAUCCAGAUGCAACGUAUGAUUAUCGAAGUGACUUGUGGUCGUUGGGAAUCACAGCUAUUGAAAUGGCAGAAGGAGCACCUCCUCUUUGUGACAUGCAUCCAAUGAGAGCGCUCUUCCUCAUUCCUAGAAAUCCACCUCCACGACUGAAGUCUAAGAAAUGGUCAAAGAAAUUUUUCAGCUUUAUUGAGAGCUGUUUGGUGAAAAAUUACAUGCAAAGGCCAUCAACUGAGCACCUGUUAAAACAUCCCUUUAUACGUGACCAGCCAAAUGAGCGGCAAGUUCGAAUCCAGUUGAAGGAUCAUAUUGAUAGAACAAGAAAGAAGAGAGGAGAAAAAGAUGAAACUGAAUAUGAAUACAGUGGGAGUGAAGAGGAGGAGGAGGAGUUGCCUGAGCAAGAAGGAGAGCCAAGCUCAAUUGUUAAUGUGCCUGGAGAAUCGACUCUUCGUCGUGACUUCCUGAGAUUGCAACAGGAGAACAAGGAGCGAUCUGAAGCCAUGCGUAGGCAGCAAAUCCUUCAAGAACAGCAGCUACGAGAACAAGAAGAGUAUAAAAGACAGCUUCUUGCAGAGCGUCAAAAACGUAUUGAGCAACAGAAGGAACAAAGGCGACGACUUGAAGAACAGCAGAGAAGGGAGCGAGAAGCACGAAGACAGCAGGAGCGUGAGCAAAGAAGACGUGAGCAGGAGGAAAAAAGAAAAUUGGAGGAACUAGAGCGCCGAAAGAAGGAAGAGGAGGAAAGAAGAAGGGCAGAAGAAGAAAAGAGGCGAGUGGAGAGAGAGCAGGAGUACAUCAGACGCCAGCUUGAAGAGGAACAACGUCAUUUGGAAAUUCUUCAGCAACAGUUGCUCCAAGAGCAGGCCAUGUUAUUGGAGUACAAAUGGCGUGAAAUGGAAGAACAGCGACAGGCUGAGAGAUUGCAGCGUCAAUUACAGCAGGAGCAAGCUUACCUUCUAUCUCUCCAACAUGAUCACAGACAGCAAGAAAGGAAUAAACCUUACCCGGCACCAGACCCUAAAUCUCACUUUGAAGCAACAGAUAGAAAUAGAGAGGUUGAUGAAAGGUUCAAGAAGAGUAACCAGGGUUCACCUCAAGCACAAUCAAAACAGAAUAGCAAAAUUUUGGAGCCUCCAGUGCCUUCUAGAUCAGAAUCAUUUUCUAAUGGAAGUUCUGAAUCCAAUCCAGCUGCAAUGCAAAGGCCCAUGGAGUCACAGGUUCCAAUGAGAGCCACACCUCGAUCCCCUGUGCUGUCUCGUCGGGAUUCUCCAUUGCAAAGCAGUGGUCAACCAACUGUUCAAAGUGGUCCAAAAAGCUCCACGAGCAAUAUAGAGCCCAGACUGUUGUGGGAGAGGGUGGAGAAACUCGUACCAAGACCAGGCAGUGGCAGUUCCUCAGGCUCUAGCAACUCUGGCUCACAGCCAGGAUCUCAUCCUGGCUCUCAAACUGGAUCUGGUGAACGCUACAGGCUACGAUCAUCAUCAAAGUCUGAGGGUUCACCGUCCCAACGCCAUGAUAAUCUUAACAAGAAACCAGAGGAGAAAAAGGACUUCAGGCCAAAUAGACCAGCUUUUCAGGAUCUUGCUGCUUUGGCUAAAGAGCUUCGAGCUGUAGAUGAUGUUCGACCUCCUCAAAAAGUUACAGAUUAUUCUUCAUCAAGUGAUGAAUCAGGAACUACUGAUGAAGAAGAUGAGGAUCUGGAACAAGAAGGGACAGAUGAAACCGGACCAAUGUCAGAUGAUGCUCAGGCAGUACCUUCAAAGCUGAGCAAUGGCGAAACUGAAUCUGUGAAUACAAUGAUUGUUCAUGAUGAUCUGGAGCUGCUGACUGAAACUCCUGUUACUCCCUCUAAAGAUGGCACUUUAAUUGUUCGACAGAGCGCAGGUGAAUUAAAGCGUGCCAGCCACCAUGAGAGUAAUGGCUUUGCAACCCGCAUUCACCUCUUGCCAGAUCUCAUACAGCAAAGCCAUUCCUCCACCUCCCCUACCAGCCAGCAGUCUCCCAUCAUGUCCCCUCAGCUGCCCCAGGACGAACUCACUACUAAUGAGACCCCGUCAGCAGGAAAUACACUCCAGAAACACAAAUCAUCUUCAUCAUUCACACCAUUUAUAGAUCCCCGAUUAUUGCAAAUAUCCCCAUCUAGUGGGACCACUAUAUCUUCAAUGGUUGUUUUCUCUAAUGACCAGAUUAGACCAGAGUCAGUGAAGCAAGAUCCAAGCAGAAAAGGAUCUGUUGUCAAUGUAAAUCCAACCAACAUCAGGCCACAGAGCGACACACCUGAAAUCCGGAAGUACAAGAAGAGAUUCAACUCUGAAAUCCUUUGUGCUGCGUUGUGGGGUGUGAAUUUGUUAGUGGGUACUGAAAGUGGGUUGAUGCUGCUGGACAGGAGUGGUCAAGGAAAGGUGUAUCCCCUGAUUAAUCGCAGACGUUUUCAGCAAAUGGAUGUGCUUGAGGGAUUGAAUGUGCUGGUGACAAUAUCGGGGAAGAAAAACAAAUUGCGAGUAUAUUAUUUGUCCUGGUUAAGAAACAAGAUAUUGCACAAUGAUCCUGAAGUAGAGAAGAAACAAGGCUGGACAACAGUUGGAGAUUUAGAAGGAUGUGUACACUACAAAGUUGUAAAAUAUGAAAGGAUCAAGUUUUUAGUAAUCGCUUUGAAGAAUUCUGUGGAAGUCUAUGCAUGGGCGCCAAAACCAUACCACAAAUUUAUGGCCUUUAAGUCAUUUACAGACAUGUUGCACAGGCCAUUAUUGGUAGACCUCACAGUGGAGGAAGGGCAGAGGCUAAAAGUGAUCUAUGGCUCCAGUGCUGGCUUCCAUGCUGUUGAUGUGGACUCGGGAACUGUCUAUGACAUUUAUCUGCCAACACAUAUCCAAAGCAGCAUCCAACCACAUGCGAUUAUCAUACUUCCAAACACAGAUGGAAUGGAAUUAUUGGUCUGCUAUGAGGAUGAAGGAGUCUAUGUUAACACGUAUGGACGAAUUACUAAGGAUGUGGUUCUACAAUGGGGAGAGAUGCCUACUUCUGUUGCCUAUAUUCGAUCUAAUCAGAUUAUGGGUUGGGGAGAAAAAGCCAUUGAAAUCCGAUCUGUAGAGACUGGACACUUGGAUGGUGUAUUUAUGCACAAAAGAGCACAGCGACUAAAGUUCCUUUGUGAAAGAAAUGAUAAGGUCUUCUUUGCUUCAGUCCGUUCUGGUGGAAGCAGCCAGGUUUACUUCAUGACUCUUGGCAGGAGUUCUCUCCUCAGCUGGUAGGAAAGCUAAUUAUGCACCAAGAGCAAUGGAAGUCUUCAGAAGAUCUUGGAAACCUUGAAUUAACUAACAACUGGAGAACAAACUGCACUGAUGCAACGCAUUGCCUAAACCUGUCACUGAAAUUGUGAUCUGUAAAAAGGAAACAAUGCUACUGGUGCUGUUAGAAUUUUACUGUCAGGUGACAGCCAGUCUAGAGUAGAAGAAAAACACCUCAUCUCAAUUAUACAUCCCUUAAUUUAAGAUGACUAUGUAUUGCUUGAAAAAAGUGCCCUAAGAACACAGGCGGUUGGUUCGAAAGCGGUUGGACAAGUAGGGAAGUGGAAACGGUGAUAUGCUGACAGUAGAGAAAUGUGUAGCAUGGGAAGGGGGAUUUUUUUUAAAUGUGUAUCAUUCUAAGUGACUUUUCUUUUGUAAGGUAACAGCGUGUUAAGGAGAAGGAAAAUGCAAGUUAGGAGUUUUUAUUGAAAUGUGAAUGACAAAAUGAAAGCAAUUAAUUGUGUUGGUCUUUGCAAGGGAAGGGUGUUUUGGUCAUUUUCUGUAUAUCAGGUUUUGCUUGUGUUCUCCAAAACUUUUUUAAAAAUCAAUUGAAACUUGUGCGGAGGACAAGGUUUUAAGAUUUGUAUGGCUUUGUGGGGCAGACCAGAAACUUGAUGUUUGGUUAUGUUACAGUAUUAUAGAUGCCUCUCUUCAAGAUUUUACUUAUUUGUAGCAGUAAAAAAAAAGCAGUUUAUUAAAUCCUGCACUCGUAAAUCUCCCAAACUACUUAUUAAAAAAUUGUUUUGCCUACCUCAUUUGUUUAAGAAAGGAAAAAAAGAGGUGGUUUAGUCAUUUUAAUAUUAUUUGUAUUUGAAACUUGCGCAUCUUUGUCUAAUUUAAAGUUUAUUGAUACCAAAUUUAUGAUUGAAAUGUUUGUCUACUGUUGGUUAAAUUGCAGCUUGUUUUAGCAGGCAAACAAUGUGACUUCUUUUGUAAUUGGAAAAUGCCAGCUGAGUGCAGAAACUGACAGAUCUGUGGUCAGCUGGUGAGGUUAGAAGCAGAAAAUAGAGGCAAAAAUCAACUGUUCUAAAUGUGGUAGUCAGUGAUCAACAUGUAAAUGUUAUCUUCCACUUCCAUGCAGAAAGUGACGACUGACUUUUUUUGUUACUCAGCCAGAAUCAGAGUCAAGUAACAGUUUGAAAAUAGUGUUACUAAGCUAUUCUGUUGCAUUAGAUUCAAGUGUAUAGGUAGUAGGGAGCAGGUGGUUGAUUUAAGAUACAAUGCACUAAAACACUUAAUUUCAAGAAUGUAGUGAAACUGCUUAUCAAUACAAUAUUUCUUCCCUAAUUUAGAUCCAAAAUUUCGCUGUGGAAAGAUUUUUUUAAUAUUGCUGCAAACAGAAUUUUAUUUUACAUAUGUUAGACAUUUACAAAUAUGUCUACAGUAAUAAUCUGUUGAACUGUCACUCAAUUACUUGAGAUACCUAUAGUGUAUAGUAUACUAUACUGGUGAUGUAAUAAUGCACAAUAGCAUUAUGUUGAUCCUACAAUAUGUUAAACGUUUUUUUUGGUACUUUGUAGACAGCUGUCAUAUGCUGUUAUGUGCACAGGAUCUCAACACUUUACAGGGCUUAGUUCUCUCAGCGGAGACUAUUCAUUCUACAGUGAAACAUUCUCAGUAGUGGUACAGUGAAAUCAAAGAUGUGCCAUGAGAAUUUUUCAUACAUUCAUGUCACUGUGAUAUUUUUUCCUCUAGCAGCUCCUGGUCACUGAAUAAUUUUGCAAUAUUUGUCCUAUAUCAUCUGUUAAUAACAGUAAAAGUAAUCAUAGAAAAUUCCGGACGUAAGUAGGUUUACCAUAAGCAGAAUGUUUAUUGAAUUUAACAAAAACACUUAAGUCCCGAUAACAGUUAGGAGUAAUCCUCUGUCUCAGCAGAGUCUCUGAUUAGCGACUCCACCUGUGAGAAGUGCCACGGUGGUGUAACAGUAUUACAAAACCACUACGUCUAUAUUUGAAGAAUAAUUUCAACUCCAGUUUUAAUACUUCUAGGUUUAGUGGAAAAUGCCUAUAAUUACUUUUGAGUUUUACUACUUUAUUUUUAAGUCAAAUAAUGCUUGUUGUAUGACUGCAGUGUCUCUAUUUUAUGCACGUUAUGUUUGAAAAAAUGUUUACAAAAAUUCUUUUGUUACACUAAUGUGCAUCACAUAUUUAUGUUUUUUUCUGAAAUUGUUUGUUAUAAGUUUUAGUUUUGUAUUAUGAGAACACGUGAUGUUUAUAACCCUGAACUCUGCUGAUAACCAAGAAGCUGAUGUAAAACAAAAUUGAGGUGUUACUGUGUCUAGCUGCAAAGCAGAUUGGGAAAUAUGGUUACAAGUAAACCUCUUCAAACAGUUUUCUGCUAUGUGAUCUAACUUAUGUCUUCUGUGUAUUAUGGGAAUUUCUGUAUUUUCUCUGACGUUCAUCUUUUCUUGAAUAAAAUCAACUAAAUGCACAUUGUGCAUAACACAACACUGUUGUUUUGUGAAGCUUGUCCAAUAAGCUUCAAUCACUUUUAUUUGCUUCUAGUCCCGGUGCAUGUCCUGUGACCGAGAGGAUUUGAUCUGCUCCAGAACUGUAUAUACGGUUGUGUAAAAUUAUUCCCAUCUCACCACCAGUACUUCACUUUGCACUUCCUGACAUCUGCUUGGUCCCAACCCAACACAAUAUAGAUGACAUCAGAGGGCAAAGUUUUUGAUUAGGAAGCAUGUUUCUAUUGGAAGGAAUGAAGCUAACAACAUCUGAGAAGUGACAGGACGUUAAGUUGACUUGCUUGAUGCUUGCCUAACUGACACAACAUGAGAUCUUUUGCAAUUGGUUUCCUGCUGGUAUUGCUUGUUUUUGAACAGUACUUCCUUACAUGUAGAGUUCCAUAGGUAGUGUGCGGUGCAGGUCACAACUUAUGAUGAAAUCUUUAAUUUGUUGGGAAAUAAACAGGAUAGCAGGAUAAGCUUCCAUGCAUCAUUCAUAUCAGAACCAGAACGCAAUCUUGACGUGUGCAACAAAGGUGUGCUAAGCUGUAAGUCUCACCAUGUCCAUCUUAGUGGCAACGCAUAAUAGCAACUAGUAUAAUUUGCUGUCCUGUAGAACAAAUUUCAAUGCAAUGGAUUAUUUUUGAAAGCUCACCAGAUACAAAUCAAUUCUGCCAAAAGUCAACUAAAAAAAAGCUUCUCGAGAGGCAUAUAUGGAUCUAAUAUUUGGUUUACAAGUUUGGUGUAAUCACUUCAAAUUUCCUUUUAUCUCUAAGAUCCUGUUUCGAUGUGUUCCGUUGUCUUCUAAAUCAGUUCAUAGCUUUCAAAUCAUUUUCAAUAUUUUUUGACCCAGGCUACAGUACUGAAACAGACUGAAUCAAAGUUAUAACUAUCAUUCUCUGUAACUGUGACUCAGAUCCAUUUUCCUUCUUCACCUCAAUCCUUUGUCUUACCAUUUUCUUGCACUAUUCGUCAUUGUCCACUUUGGGGCAGCUACUGAUAUCUGGUUCUACUCUAAUCUACCCAUAUGCCAAGAAUAUCUCAAGAAUUACUUUAUUUUCCAUUCCAGACAGUUACACUGAGUUUCCCGUACACCUAUACUAGUUCCCUUCUCCUCUCAUCAACAUUCUCCACUUGGCAGAGUCACAGAAGACACAGCAGACACAGCACAGAAAAGGUCCUUUCAACUCCAUCGAGUCUGCACCAGUCAAAAGCAACCAACAAUAUGCUUGUCACAGUUUUCCAGCAAUUAGCCUAUAGCCUUGUCCGUCUUGGCAUCAUAAGUGCACAUCUAAAUUUUUCUUAAAUGUUAAGAGGAAUUCUGCUUCUGUCAUCCUUACAGGCAGUGAGUUCCAGAUUUCUACUACCAUCUGAAUGAGAAAAUAUUUCCUCACUUCCCCUCUAAACCUCCUGACUCUUGCCUUAAAUCUAUAGCCUCUUGUCAUUAAUCCCUCCACCAAGGGUAAAGGUUUUUUCCCAUCUACCUUGUCUAUGCCCCUCAAUUUUAUACAUCUCACUUAUGACCCUGUCAGUCUCCUAUGCUCCAUGGAAAACGAACCAAGUCUAUCCAAUCUGUGUUCAUAACUAAAGCUGCCCAGCCCCAGGCAACAUCCUGGUAAAUCUCAUCAGCACCCUAUCCAGUGCAACCAUAUCCCUCCUAUAAAGUGGAGUCAAGACCUGCAUACAAUACUGUCGAUGUGAUCUAACUAAUCAUCUGGUGGUAAUGGGUCCAGCUUCCAAAUAUAUGUUGACAGCCCCCACUUCUAUUUUUUGACCUACUUGUCAAGUAUUAAGUAGUUUCCACUAUUUUCCUACUCAUCAGCUAUCAUCACGGGAGGAACCAGAUAGUUCAUCAAUCUGAUGUCUUGUUUGACCUCAAUUAGAUUCUAAUUCCAUCCCCUCUCCGUUGUAAUGAUUAUCUAUUCUAUUUACAUAAAAGCCCACCAUUGGUUCUGAAACUCUCAUCACUAUCAAUGUCACCUCUGUUUGACUAAUGCUUUUGUGCCCAACAUCCCAUUCUCCACACUUUUAUAAUGCACACCUUAUCCAAAACUUUACCUUAUCCCCUUAUACGUCACUCCUGUCCUUGUUGAACUUGCUUUACUCCUGGCAGCCAAACCUAUGUAGACAACAUUUUCAUCCUUCUGUUUAAAAUAUUAUGGCCUUGAUUUUUCCUAUCUCUGUACCUCUUCCAACAUUCACUCACCCUAAUUUAGUAUCCUUUGGAAAUUUGGCCAAAUUAGCUUCCUUUCAGCUUGUUACUAAACACACGUUAUCUAGGUAUUGGAAUAUUGUUUUUAAUAGGAGCUUGCUAAUUCUGAUAUUGGCUGUCUUUCUCCUGAUCAUUACAGUGCUGAGUAUACUCAAAAUGCAUCUUCAGCUGUAAAACACUUUGGGACACAUAUAGGCCAUGAAAUAAUAUAUCAAUGCAAAUUUAUUUUCUGGAUCAGGCUAAUAGAGAGAGGUUAGAAAUAAUGAAGGCGUUAUUAACUGGACCAUGCUGUUAUUCUGAUAAAUCAAUUAAUUUGCCUUUAUUGAUGUCAGAAUAAUUAAUAUGCAGUUCCUUGAUUUCAUUUGAUAAGGAAUUUUCCUUAUCUUGUUUUGAUGUAGAUGUCUUACCCCAUUCCUUUUAUUUAUUUUCCUGAUAUCUCCUGAUGCAUCAAUGCAUUUAUCCAAAAUUCCAAAUUAUGGUUUAUUCUGAAUGCAUUUCAAUGCUUGGUUGUCCGAUUUGUUACGAGUUUUAAGGUUACCAGAUGUUUUAGAGUUGAAAUAAAAAUGAUUGUUGCGCCUCUUAGAAAUUAAAUAGCUAAUCUCAGGAUUGAAAAGAUGCUAGAAUUAACCGUUUCUUGGGGAAAUAGAGAUGAAAGUUAUUUGCUGCAUUCAAUUCUCAUCAUUAUUUCACUGGGAAGUACCAAUCUGUUCGUGUUGGAUAUGUAAUGGCCUUGUAUCUGAUGCUUUCCAUAAUCAAAUAAUUUGCUGACUGUGUCCAAACUCUCACCAGAAGAAUGUUCGCAUGAACAACAUAUCUAAGGCACCGCAGCAACAGCCAGGAGAGAGAGGACAGGAUGGAAAAUUGGGAAUAUUCUCAGGUUAAUGAUUAAAUUGUGAAUUUGUUUAGGUUUUCUUACCUUCUUGUUACUGAAUUGAAUGAGAAAUGUAUACUUCAAAUAUAUGUAAAUAUUGUACAAA